UGGCCGCGCUGUCGGCGGACGGAGGAGGCGCCUGUGUUCCUCUGCGGGGCAGCUCAGCAUGAUGGAUCAAGCCAGAUCAGCAUUUUCCAAUUUGUUCGGUGGAGAACCAUUGUCAUAUACCCGGUUUAGUCUGGCCCGGCAAGUAGAUGGCGAUAACAGUCGUGUGGAGAUGAAGUUGGCUAUGGAAGAAGAGGAGAAUCCUGACCCCAGCGUGAAAACCACCGUCACAAAACCGAAAAGGCGCACUGGGACACUGUGCUGUGCGGUCAUCGCGCUACUCAUUUUUUUCAUAGUUGGGUUCAUGAUUGGCUACUUGGGCAAUUGCAAACGCGCAGAACAGAAAGCUGAGUGUGGCAGCUCGACGGAAACAGAGGUGCUAGAGUCAGAAGAUGCAGAGCCAGCCGAGGAGUUGCCAGUGAUACCACCUCAGCUGUAUUGGGAAGACCUUAAGACACUGUUGUCCAAGAAACUGGAUAGCACGGAGUUCACCAACACCAUCAGGAAACUGAAUGAAAAUUCUUAUAUCCCUCGUGAUGCUGGAUCUCAGAAUGAUGAAAACCUUGCCUAUUUUAUUGAAAAUCAGUUUCAUGACUUUAAACUUAACAAAGUCUGGCGUGAUGAACAUUUUGUGAAGAUUCAGGUCAAAGACAGUAUGCAAAACUCAGUGACCCUCCAGAAUAAGAACAAUGAGGCACCCUACCUGGUGGAGAAUCCUGUGGGUUAUGUGGCAUACAGUAAGGCUACCACAGUUACGGGCAAGCUAAUCCAUGCUAAUUUUGGCACCAAAGAAGACUUUGAGAAUUUGAAGUCUCCUGUGAAUGGAUCCUUAGUGAUUGUAAGAGCAGGGAAAAUUACUUUUGCUGAAAAGGUUGCAAAUGCUGAACGCUUAAAUGCAGUUGGUGUCUUGAUAUACAUGGAUCAGGCGAGAUUUCCCAUUGUGAAGGCAGACCUUCCACUCUUUGGACAUGCUCACCUGGGAACCGGUGACCCUUACACACCUGGCUUUCCUUCUUUCAACCACACUCAGUUUCCCCCGUCUCAGUCAUCAGGAUUGCCUAAUAUCCCAGUCCAAACGAUUUCCAGAGAGGCUGCAGAGAAACUGUUUGGAAAUAUGGAAGGAAACUGUCCUUCAGAGUGGCAAAUAGAUGCUUCCUGUAAGCUGCAGUUAUCCCAGGAUAAGACUGUGAAGCUCAGUGUCAACAAUGUGCUGAAAGAGAUUCGAAUUCUCAACAUCUUUGGAGUCAUUAAAGGCUUUGAGGAACCAGAUCGCUAUAUUGUAGUAGGGGCCCAAAGAGACUCCUGGGGACCAGGAGCAGCAAAGGCCAGUGUAGGAACGGCUCUCCUAUUGGAACUGGCCCGGAUAUUCUCGGAUAUGGUCUUAAAAGGUGGAUUUAAACCCAGUAGAAGCAUCAUCUUUGCCAGCUGGAGUGCUGGAGACUUCGGAGCUGUUGGUGCCACGGAAUGGCUAGAGGGAUACCUUGCGUCUUUGCAUUUAAAGGCUUUCGCUUACAUUAACCUGGAUAAAGUUGUCCUUGGCACCAGAAACUUCAAGGUUUCUGCCAGUCCACUGUUGUAUACACUUAUUGAGAAAACAAUGCAAGAUGUGAAGCAUCCACUUACUGGACAGUAUCUUUAUCAGGAUAGCAACUGGAUCAGCAAAGUUGAGAAAUUUUCUUUGGAUGAUGCUGCUUUCCCUUUCCUUGCUUAUUCUGGAAUCCCAUCGGUUUCUUUCUGGUUUUGUGAGGACACAGAUUAUCCUUUCCUGGGUACCACCAUGGAUACCUACGAUAUACUGAUUGGGAAGGUCCCUCAGCUGGACAAGAUGGUUCGCACAGCAGCAGAGGUAGCCGGUCACUUCAUUAUUAAACUCACCCACGACAUUGAGUUGAACCUAGAUUAUGAGAUGUACAACAACAAAAUCCUCUCAUUUCUGAGGGAACUGAACCAAUACAGAGCGGAUAUCAAGGAGCUGGGCCUGAGCUUCCAGUGGCUGUAUUCUGCUCGUGGAGACUUUUUCCGUGCUACUACUAGGCUAACGACGGAUUUCAAAAAUGCAGAAAAAACCAACAGAUUUACCAUCAGGGAAAUCAAUGACCGUAUCAUGAAAGUGGAAUAUCACUUCCUGUCACCCUAUGUGUCUCCAAGGGACUCUCCUUUCCGACAUAUCUUCUAUGGCUCUGGCUCUCACACCCUGUCGGCUCUGCUGGAGAACCUGAGCCUGCGUCAUCAAAAUAACGGUGCUUUUAAUGAAACACUGUUGAGAAACCAGUUGGGUCUAGCUACUUGGACCAUUCAGGGAGCUGCAAAUGCCCUCUCUGGCGACAUCUGGGACAUUGACAAUGAGUUUUAAAUGUGAUACUCGUAAUUUACGUUAGGAACAGCAGGGUAAUCUGGUGAGCUAAAUUUUUAGUAGGGCUACAAAACUUAAUGUUAAAAAUCCACCCGAGUAUCUUUACUACUAGAUGUCUUUAGGCAGCAACUUUUUUAAUACAGGGUAGGUACCUGCACUUCAAGUUAAACUGAAUAACCACUUAAAAAUGUCCUCGAUAGAAGAUUUUCUCCGAUUAUCUAUAGAAUUUUAAGUGCUUUAUAAUGGUCACUGCCUCUUUCCUGUUGCAGUUACAGAAAUGUCAGAACCAGUUACAAAAACUAUUGCUCUAAAUCCUAAGGACAUGAGCUGGUAUCUUUUGAGGUAGGAGCUGAAGUGACUGCAUGAGAUGAUCCUCUGUUGUAGGAUCAUAUUCCCCCGCGAGAUAUAUGUCUUUCCAUAAGGAUUAGCUGGUUUCCACAUCCCUGUAUGAAACAGUUAACUUUCAGAAGAGUCGGGACUUGUUUUCUUGCAGGGAGAUCUGAAGUGGAGGUGCCUGAGCUGGAUAAAAUGAGGUUCAACUGUUCAUUGCAGGAGUGAGGCCUUCAUGUGUUCACCUCAAUAUUAUUUAUGACAAAGGAGACCAGAAGCCAAAGACUUAAUGGGUUUUCUUUUCCUCCGUCCCCUGCUCCCGUGAGUCUGUUUGGUUAUUUGUUAUUUUUGUUUUUUUGUUUUUUUUUUUUUUCUUCCAAAGUAUUUUGAAAGAGAACCAGUUUUAGGUGUUCCGACUCAGUUUGUCAGACUUUAAAGAACACACUGCCAGAUUUUGGCCAAAGUGUCUAUAUUUUGGGAAAGCUUUCUAUCAUUUUGGCACUGAGAUAUUUAUUGUUUAUUUAUCAGUGACAGAGUUCACUAUAAAUGGUGUUUUUUUUAUAGAAGAUAAUUAUCGGAAGCAGUGCCUUCCAUAAUUAUGACAGUUAUACUGUCGUUUUUUUUGAAUAAAAGCAGCAUCUGCUAAUAAAACCCAAUAGAUACUGGAAGUUUUGCAUUUAUGAACAACACUAGAGGGUUUUAGAAAACAGCCUCAAGCUUCCCCCCUGCCAAAAUAAAUAAAUAAAUAAAUAAAGCUAAGGAUUGGAAAAUAAUUAGGGAUAGCCAGUCAAGGUAGACUUGUAUUUAGCUGACCAGCUAAACACGAUAGUUCUCCUAAAUGUCAUAAACUAUGACCGGGUUCUAAACAUAUGUCACCUGAAGGCUGUGGGCAGUACUCAUACCCAUGACUUAACAGCUCAACUUCUCCAGGCUUGCAAAAUUUCCAGUACCUUUGUCAGAAUCCUAACUCACAUUAUCGGGGGCAGUGUCUUCCAUAAUGUAUAAAGAACAAGGUAGUUUUUGCCUACCACAGUGUCUAUAUCGGAGACAGUGAUCUCCAUAUGUUACACUAAGGGUGUACGUGAUUAUCGGGAACAGUGUUUCCCAUAAUUUUCUUCAUGCAAUGACGUCUUCAAAGCUUGAAGAUCGUUAGUAUCUAACAUGUAUUCCCAACCCCCUGUAAUUGUCUUUUAGUUGUAGUAGUCAUUAAGCAUUUGGUGGGUGAAUUCACUUGCUAUAAAAUUAUUACUUUUUUUUAAACUUGAUGUGGGUGUUGUCCUGUUUGUGGCUUCUCCUAAGUCUUCUGUUUAGCAGGAUAGUAGCAUACAUUUAUAAUGUUUGCUGUUGACAAAUGAAUUUAACUUUGUCCCAGUAUUUGCAUGUUAACUCCUGUAGACCUAGUUCAGACAAGUUUAAAUCCAGAAUUGACCUUUUGGCUUAAACUGGGAGCAACUUCUGCAGGAGAUGUGGUGGAGGAAGUAAAGGUUACAGGAGGCAAAGCUGAUAAAGGGGUCUUUGUUCAUGUCUACCUACCUACCUACCUAUUGAUAUGUUGAGUGGAAAUUAGGUGUAGACAUGAAAGUAAGUUGGAGGCAAUGUGAGCAAAGACCAGCCAUCACCAUAAACCUAGAAUCCUUGGAAUCACUUAGGGGUUUAGUGGCACUGACCUUAACCUAAGCUACAAUAGACUUAGGUUAUUGAGAACCUCAAUGAAUCAUUUUUUUAAUUGUCACAAUGUUUUAUCAGUAAAUAAAUAAAAUAGCCAUAGCUGGGGUUCCAGGUUUGGACAUCAUCUAUCCAUGCUUGAAGGUAAGCUCAUUGACUUCAUGAAGUUAUGUGAACACAGGGCCUAUAUUUGACAGAAGUAAAUCUUCCAAAAACCUUCUGUGUGCUUAGACCUAUUUCCAGUCAAGUAAACCAGUGACAAGAGACUGUUUUUUAAGGAACUAUAUAUAUAUAUCUGACUAGUGACAACUUGUAGUCAGUUUUUCUUCUGGUUAAAGAUAACUUUGCAUUUUAAAGAUAAAGGCCAAGUUGAGUGAGUUUCAUCAUGAUUCACUGUUCUAGAACUUGCAUGACAUUUUACUGUGUUUAUUUGAAUGUUCUUCAAAUGUUAGACUUGCCAUCCUACUGUUGAGCUGUAUCUUUGUGAACAAGUGAUAUGCCCUUAUACAAACCAGUAUGCAACAACUUGGAGACUCCUUAUCUGAUUUAAUAAAAUGCUAGAACACUGA